ACAGAGUUAGAUAUUUUCCCGCUUCGAAGACUGGACGCACAAGGUUUCUUUCCCCUAGAGAAAGUGGAGCAUUAGCAAACUCAAGAUGAAGUUGCUGCUGCUAGUAGUUACCUUCUGCUUUACAGCACUGGUCACGUGCACAAUUCAAAACCCUUUUGUCGGGAGGAAAACAAGACUUGCAGCAGUUGAGGAACAGAUUCAGAUCCUGCAGGCAAAGGUUUACGCCCUUGAAAAGAAGCGACCAUCAAAAUCUACCCAAGUGGCCUUUACAGUCCGCUUCAAUGCCGACGACCCAUGGAGAGGACUUCCGAUGGGACAAAAUCAAAUAUUGAGAUUUGACCUCGUGGUGACCAACAUCGGAGCUGGCUACAAUGCACACACGGGAAUUUUCACUGCCCCGGUGUCCGGUGUCUACAGCCAUAUUUCUGUCCAUCAUGGCGACCAACGAUCGCGGUAGUAUCUUCGUAGGGAUCGUGAAAGAGGGGCAUUUUCUGGAACUGCUGUGGGCAGAAGGAAGAACUGACCCCCAGGAUCAAGGUUCUGCUCAAGUAACCACCCACCUGAGCUCGGGACAACGGGUGUGGAUUCAGCAGCACGCCGGUGAUGCUAUCAGAGGGGCGUGGUUUACCCUCUUCACCGGCUUCCUAGUACAGGCUGAUUGAAGGUCCCUUCUCUGUACUGAUGAUGUUUCUCAUGCCGAUUAAGCAUACCAACUUUGGAUUUCAGUCAUUUUAACCUGAAUGGUUAAUAUUUGCAUGCGUUUGUAAACAUUCCUCCCUUGUAUUCUGUGUUUGCACUUUUUAACUCUGUGUAUCCAGAAUGUUUAUCUAACCCUACAAACAAGAGGAAACAAAAUGUAAAGUUGUCUGAUGUAAGGUCAGCAGUACAAUUUAUUGUGGAAUCCACGAAAGCACAUUCUGAGGAAAAUCUCAAACUUGUAAUUUCUUGAAACCUCAUUUCCUCAGUGUCAACGAACGCUGCUGUCUUUCAAAUGACAGUUUGCAAAAAAAGGUCGUAAGCAUUUAUCGUAAUCAUUACAAUGCUACAAAUCUGCAAAUGUAUCGAAUGUACUCAAAUGCAAUGGUUUUUCUAAAUAAAAAGCAAUUACACCAUU